GUGUGAGAAAACAUCUCUAUUUCGUUUUAUUUGGCUUUGCGCAUUAGGUAACAAAAGCAAAAUGUAUGGGUUUUUUUCCAGACAGUUCUGGUUUAUUUUGCUAUGGAUAGCAUAUAAAAGUUCUUCCAUCGCUAGUUAACGGCUUUUCCCAGCAGGACUUCAACGCAGACGGAAAUAGAUAACUCUUUACUUCCGCUAACAGAGUGAGACUAUCAAUUCUAUCUUGAGUCCCCUAGAAAACAGGAAGCGUAGCAUCGGCUGGAGUUUCAGUGCUGAUUCAAGAGCUCUGCCAUUUGUAGAGACACUGUGAUUUCUGAGAAAAAGAUGCUUCGACUGGUUGUCAUCGUUGCAGCUUCAGUUAUCCUGUUCUUUUCUGGUUUUGACGCAGCUAGGGUAACAGAACCCUGUGACUACGGAUGGAGUCCUUUCAACUCUGCUUGUUACCAUAUUUUCAUGGAAAGGAUGAACUGGUCAGCAGCUCGUGCAAGUUGUCAGGAAAAGGACGCUGAUCUAUUGUCUUUGAAACCUAGUGAUAAUGUGAAAAUGUUAUACAUAAAUCAACAGACAGAAAGCGUGAUGAAACAGAUGACCUGGUGGGUUGCCUUUGAAAUGAAGUCACUUGAAGGCACCUUGGUAUCUGUUCCUGUCAACUCUUCUUCCACAGGCCAUAUCUCAGAACUCAAACAAGAUGAAGGAGUGUGAGAGUGGCUGGAUCCCAGUAGCCUCUUCUUGCUACAAGCUGUCGACAGUCCAAAGAAAUUGGUUUGGUGCCCUGAGGAUUUGCAGUGCAUAUGGCGCUGACCUCAUGUCUGUGAACUCUGUACAGGAACUGCUGCAGAUAAAAAAGGAGAUAGGACUUGAAAGGACAGCAUCAAGUUGGUGGGUAGGCUUACAGAAGAUGCCGUGGCAGUGGCUCAUAGAACCCUCGCCAUACAAGAUGUUCACACCAUGGGAAAUAGGUGAGCCAAACGACGACAAAGGCAAUGGGAACUGCGUGGAACUAACCCUUGGAGGACUCUUGAAUGAUGCGUCCUGCGACACUUCUGUUCGAUAUAUCUGUGAAAAAUCUAUGAAUAACGAGAACUGCAGUACUGAGUCGGCUGGCAUGUCCUCUUGCUACACCGUUUCCACAACGAAAACGAAUUAUCGUGAAGCUCAAGAAACCUGCCUUGCAGAUGGCGCUAACUUGCUGUCCAUUGGCUCAGCUAAAGAACUGCUGCAAGUACGGGAGGAGAUGAAACGAAGAGAACGUGAAUCACACUGGUGGGUGGGACUUCGGAAGAACAUGUCAUCAAACAACACGUGGAAAUGGCUUGAAGAGCCCCCAUCUUUGACACCACUAGUAAUAUUGUGGGAUGUGAAUCAACCAGACAACACUCGCAAUAUGGAGAAUUGCGCUGAGAUGCUUACUAGCGGAUUCAUGAACGACGUGGACUGUUUCAACAAUCGACCAUACAUCUGUGAAAAACAUAUCAACCACACCAGAGAUUCAAAAAACUGUGAAACUGGCUGGAUCCUUAUUUCUUCUUCCUGCUACAAGCUGUCUGUAGAGGACAUGGUGUGGUCGGAUGCUGAAGCGAGCUGCAAUGCAGAUGGCGCUGACAUGCUUUCUAUAAACUCUAUAGAUGAACUGCUGCAUAUAAAGAAAGAAAUGGAACGUUUCCCCCUUAUAUCAAGAUGGUGGGUAGGAUUACAAAAGGUCCAACCAUCCGGCAAAUGUCAGUGGACUGAAACAUCGUCAUAUACACCUCUAGUCACAAUGUGGGACACAGACGAGCCCAGGGACGAAGACAACAAUGAUUGCGCGGUGAUGGGUCCUGACGGCCUCCUGAGUGCUGCGUCCUGUCAGCGGUCUCGCCGAUACAUUUGCAAAAAACAAUUAAACAAUGCAACAGCAGACUGUGGUGCUGGGUGGAUCCUCAUCAAUCGUUCCUGCUAUAAGCUCUCCACUGAUGCAGUUACAUGGAUGGAUGCACAAGCAAACUGUACAUUACAUGGAAGUAACCUGUUCAGUGUGAGCUCUUUACAGGAGUUGUUGCAGAUAAAGAAAAAAAUCAUAGAAAGACACCCCCUAUCAGCAUCGUGGGUAGGUCUACAAAAACUAUCAUCAGGAGACAGGGGAUGGCGAUGGUAGGGCGUGUCUUCCUCUUUUUCACCACGGGUCACACAAUGGAAGGAAGACGAGCUCGACAAGGUGUUGAGUCAGAAGGACUGUGUGAUGAUGGACUCUGACGGUCUGCUAAAUGGUGUGGCAUGUAACUCCUCUCACCACGUAUUAUGCGUGAAAAUAUCAAGAUUAGGAAUCAAUGUCUGUGAAACUGGUUGGUUCUUGAUCUCACACAAUUGCUACAAGUUCUUCCCAAUGAUGAUGCAAUCUGAGGCCCAGAAGAGUUGCGAAGCAGAGGGAGGUAACUUGCUGUCGGUGAACACCUUUCACGAACUGAUGGAGUUACUGAAAAAUGAUCAGAUUGGAGAGCUCUCGAUGGUGGGUAAACCUGCAAAUAACAGAUCCAGGUGCUUCAGCUUCAUCUGUUACAAGCAUUGGUAAGUCGGAGAAUACUACGGGAACGUGUGGAGAGAUCACUCCUGACGGCUUGAACUACGCGGACUGCACGCUUGUUCGUUCCUACAUUUGUCAAAAGAAAAGUAAGUAGAGAGUUAAAUACUUCGCACAAAACGUAAAGAUAAAUUUAAUUAAAUUUAAUUAUUGUAUUAUUUUUUCAUUAAGUUUAUUUGUCCAACAUGAAAUAAUGCAAAUAAUGCCUAUACGUCUUAAAUCUGGUUACCUGGAUUCCCAAAAUAUUUCUGUUUUAAUUUUCUUGCAUCAUCCACCACCAUACACUGCCACGAGGUCCUUUUUGUAUGUGAUGUUUGCAUUCCAAAGAUAAGGUAAUGACUAUUUAUGUUACGGUGAAAGGUGAAAAUUAAGGCAGACCGGUUAACAAACUGUGCAAACGAUGUGAGGCUCUGUUUCCUAACAUUUCAGACAAAGUACAUAAAAACAAGCUCUCAAGUUCACUCAAAUUUAUAAACAUUCACAUCUGGUCCCGAUUGUUACAGAGAUUUGCAGCAGAAAUUAAAACUUCUCUUUUUUUUUCUUCGAGGCGCUUACCACGUGACUGAUGGCGAUUUCGACAGAAGAAUUCGGCUCACCGUUACAUUUUUUUCGCUGUUACGACUAUCUAAGAAUGGCGUCGUUGUUUUUAUUCGUUCGCACGUGGUAUUUUGAGAAGAAAUGAGCGUCUGGCAGGCACAAUGAACACUUAAUGUCUCUGAAAGAAAGUAUCCCAGAACUAGCUUACUGUCUACAUUUGUUUACAACCGCAAGCCAUGACAGUUGCAUUGUGGGAUACCCGAAAACUUCCGAAGCGUGUUCGUGUGACCUAUGAUCCCCUCCAGGUCGGCGUUAGUGAAUUCUCAUUGGGUAUACGCAAAGAGUGUUUACGCAUGCGUUCAUAUAAGGAAAUGUCCGACCCUUUGUCUUGUCUCGAAAAGACCUCGAAUCAGAGCGUGGGAACCUUUUAUCGACAAAGACCUAGACUUUGAUUGAAAGAAGAUUGAACGCUCUAUCCGAAGACCUGCGAUGUGACCCAGUUUUUCAAACUGCCGGGUGUGUUGCUAUGUCCCAAACAUUCUCUAUUCUCGCUCAUUCUGCGUUCGGCAAAACUAAUUAUGAAUUACCCAGCAAACACGCAAGAUUCGGCCAAUCUUGGGCCAAGCUUGGGAAAAGCUUGUCACAUUGGUUUGCCCAUUGCCAAGCAUCCCCAAGCAAGCGCCAACGUUCACGGUGCGCGCGCAGCGCUAUCGUUCACAUCAGCUGCGAUGAGGACAUUGGCAAAGACUGGCGAGCCGCUUACCCGCCAACAUUCGCGAUACAAGCGGGGUCACCAAGUUUGAGCCAACCUCACUGACAUGAAUGAUUUAUGACUAUCAAGACACGUUUUACAAAGUGUGUAUUUGUAAUUAUUUUGUAGAUUGUUAAGUAACAUACGAAUAUAUUUUAUACUUUAUGGUUGUCACAGUGUAAAAAACUAUAAAGUAUAUAUAUAUUAUCAAGAACGCUCACUCGCGCAACCCUUCCCACAUGGUCCGGUCUCGGCCAUAUAAUUGAGAUUACCAUAUUUUUAUACUACACAACAGGAAAGUGAUAUUUGUUUGAUGCUUUUUAAUUAUUUUAAAGGAUUUCUCUUUUUCGUGUGGUAUAAGCCAAUGCUGCACAUAAAUUAUGAAAUUUUAACGACAGAGAUGUAUCUAGAGGAGAUAGUGUGUUAAAUUUAAAUGGAUUGAGUAUGAGUAUACAGUAUAUAGGCAUUGGAGGGGUUUUUCUGCUCAGAGCAUAUUAUUCUUGUUAGCAUUAGAUAUUUUCUGUCUGUUCAAAAAUUACUGUAUUGGGUGUGCUCAUAAUAUUAAAUACACUAAAUAGAAAAUGCAUGAUCAAUAAAAACAAAACAAAAAAUUGUAAACAAGUUAUUUAGAUUGAUAUAGACCAGUGUCCAAAAUGAAAUGUCUGCAGUAUUUUGAUUAAAGAAAUAAGAUUUAGAUAAGACAUUUAAUUUGUUAAAGCUAUUAUAUAAUCUUUUUCUAUUUAUUUCCUAAGUUUUGAUGGCCUAACAAAACUUUUUCAAUUUAAAAGAUGUACCACAUUGUCUACCUAUUUGACGAUGGAAAGAAGUCUGCAGCCAUCAUGCCCGAUGAAUGGCUACUCCUAGAGAGCAGUAAUAAAUAUUUCUGGCCUAUCUCUAAAGCAGAUUCCACCUGGGUCAAAAACAGAAAAAAGCCAGGCCCAAACUGGAAUAUUUUCACCUACCAGCAGAUAAUUAAAAGCACAUGUAAUUCAUUUUCUGUGUGUGCUCAUUAGAUUACUCCUUGUUUGUUAAAAAGUUUUUAAAUUUCUUUUAAUGCACUUAUGAUAAAUUGAAUAUAGUAUAUCAUAUAAUGUUUGAAAGAAAUUUAGUAUUUUAUAUUUUAUAAAUUAAAUAAUUAAUUUGUAAACUAUAAUUAUAUAAUUUUUUAUUAUGUUUAUUUGUCCAAGCACACGAAGAAUACUGCCAGAUUGUCCUUAUUUUGAUAAAAGUAAAGCCAUAAAGCAUAAUUGACGUUUGAAAUGUAAUAUUUAAAACGGAUAACAAAUGGAUUGAUAAGCUAAACAUGAAAAAUAACGUCAGGUUAAUGUGAAAGAUCGCAGCGCACUGUUAAAAGAAUUAAAUGAAUGUAUAAGUGUGUUCUAUAUAUAUAUAUAAAGCAAGUAAGUGAACGCAUCUGUGAUUUAGGUAAUGAUGACAAAGAGGGAGAGAAAUAUUUCUCCCGACGUUUCAUCCUGUAAUUUAUUAUUUGAUUUUAUAUACAACAGGUGAUAUGAUUUUAAAAAAUUUACAUGAUGGAUAGAAGAAGUGAAUGAAGCAGAAAAUUGAUGUAUUAUCUGAUCAGUGUGUGUGAGAGAGAGAUAGAGAGAGAUGAGGAACAUAGGGAGAGUGAAAGAGAGAGAGGAAUGAGCUGAUGACGACAUACUACUAUUGACGUCCUGUCAGUGACGACAUAUAAACUUUGACGUGGUGUAAGGUCACUCGAAUCUGAUGGACAUUCAAGUUACCUGGGUUUUUGACCCUCCACCUGUGUGUGUCUGGAAUGGCGGAUAUGCGCCGUGAAACCAGCGUGUCUCACCGGACAGCCCCUGACCAUGACCCGCUAUCGCCAUUCAGGCGUGACUACAGUCACGUGUCCAACCAACUGAGAGCCAGUGAUUACUCAUGUGAGUCUCCAGUGCACGGGCCCAGGUAUGCACGUUACAUAACAGCAGCCUCUCACGUGUUUAUCGUUGUAGGAAGGAGCGGCAGUGGAAAAAGCAGGAUAGGAAACACUCUUCUCGGAAGACAUGCCUUCGUAAUCGGAGAUGGUUCUUAUCCAAUAACAAGGAAGUCUCAGAUAAAAUCAACAAUAAGAAGACACACAAUAUCAACGGUCUUGGAUACUCCAGACAUCUUCAGCCUGAGCUGCGAACCUGAAAAUCAGAUAACAGAAAUUAAGAGGUGGAAGACACUGACAUCACAUGAAAAGCCGAUCAUCCUGUUGGCCGUGCGCCUCGAUAUGGAGUACAUGAUCGAUGACUACGCCAUCUACAAAGAGUUCAAGCGGCUCUGGGCAGACGACUCCGACAUCGCAAGUCAUCUGGUUGUGGCCUUCACCUUUGGAGACCGGAUACACAGAGACUUUGUGAGGGAGUUGAAGGACAUAAGCGUGGAGCUCAAGAGUGUCUUGAAGGAUGCCCACAAUCGCUACGUGAUUUUUCAAGUAGAUACAGGUGAGAAAGACAUCCACGAAGAGUUCGACCAGUUCUCUAGCGUCAUCAACGAAUGGCAAACACAGUACGGCUUCGUUCACAUCCAGAAAGUCACGACCUCUGUGAUAUUCAUCAUAGCCCUAAUAGCUGUGGUCUGCAUUGUCAUGGAAGUCUUGUACAAUGGUAUGGAGCUGAUUGUGGCAGGUGGACUGCUGUGUCUCUUCAUGGCUGUGCUGUGGUAUUGGAUGAGGCAACUGGGCAGGCUACCACCACCCAAAAUAAUCAUGAGCCACAUAUAGAGGCGAUGCAAAAGUGACCAGCAUCUUGUGUAGCUUUUACUUAUAUACUUCGACAGCAGCCAGUGCUUACUAGCCACCGUCAUAAUUUCCUAUUAAAGGUCUGUUGAAGUGA